AUGCCGGCCGCUGUGACUCCGGUCGCCGCCGGCAGAGCAAUCUCAACAAGAGCCAGAAAAUCAUCGAGAGUUGAUGAACCAUCGACUUCAACAGCUGGAGAAGAUGAAUCAGAAACGGGUACAGAAGUAGAAAUAUCGAAACGGGAUGAAUUGAGAGCUUUGCUCAUUGGACGACUUUUUGCUAUUAUGCGAGAGCAAAGAGAUAAAACGUAAGUUAACUUGUGAUUGACAAAAAUUAUUGCCGUGAUGCAACUCACACUUUUCAAAACAUAAUUUAGGAAAUGAGCCAUGCAUGAUUUCAAUAAUUUUUUAUUAGAAAUGCAUUGCUUCCUAAUUUUUUGAAAAAAUAAUUUUAUAGCGUGAACUAAAAAAUUGUAUACGUGUAUAACCAGGUGAACAUUUCAAAAUUGCAUUUUGAUUUUUUUCCAGAGAAGCCACAAUUCAUCCUCGCGAAGUUUCCGUGGAAGAAGUUGUAACUGAAAAUGAUUUGAAGUUGGCACCAAUAAAUGAUCACAUUCUGCAAAUGGAGCAGACUUCUUGUGGAAUGACACUUGAAGAUAUGCUGAAAGAUGCGAAAUAUGCAACAUAUUCAGCAACUUCGAUGAAUAUUAAUGAAGUCGAAAAAGAUAUUCGAAAAGGUAAAUUUUAAUAAAACAAAAGCUUCAAAUUGGAUCAAUAAAUAUAUAAUUUUUCAGUCGGAUCGAAUCGAACAUUAGAACCGAUUGAAGUGAAAAUCGAAGAUUCGGAUUUGUUAACAACUGCAUCAAGUUCAGUUUUACCCUCAGCGUCACAGGAAACAAAUGUGGAAAGAGCUGCGAAAAGAGAAGCACAUGUUCUCAGCAGAAUUGCAGAACUUCGUCGAUCUGGUCUUUGGUCAAACAGUCGACUGCCUAAAUGUGUUGAACCAGAAAGAAAUAAAACACAUUGGGACUAUGUUUUGGAAGAAGUCAAAUGGAUGGCUGUUGAUUUCCACAAAGAGACAAAAACCAAAAUGAUUGUCGCGAAAAAACUUGCGCAACAAAUCGCUCGAAUUCAUCGAGAAAAAGAGAUUGAAGUUGAAAAAGCUGUUGAAAGAGAACUUCGAGAGAAAAAGAAAUUGUGUGCGAAUGUUGCUAAAAUGGUCAGGGAUUUCUGGCAAGGUGUUGAUAAAGUUGUUGAUAUUCGAGCAAAGGAGAUUUUGGAGGCAAGAGUAAGGAAGGCAAGAAAUGAUCAUUUGAUGUUUGUUAUUGGACAAGUUAAUGAAAUGAGUAAUAUUGUGCAAGAAGGACUUGUUUCAUCAAAAUCACCAUCAAUAUCAAGUCGAGGUAACGAAUUCAUAUAAUUUGAAAAAAAUAACAUUUUCCCAGUAUUUUUGACAUUUCCUAAAUCGAAUAAUAUUUUAAACCUUUUCAACCUUAAUUGGAAAACUUCAAAGUUUUAGUGUUUUUUUUCAAACGUGAACUGGCAGUUUUGCAACCCUCCAAAAUAUUCAAAUAUUUUUCAGCUGAUGAUGAUAAAGAAUUCGACGCUGGAGAUGAAUCAGAAUCAGAUGAUGAAAGAACCAUCGCAAAUGCUGAAAAAUCACUGAAAACUGAAGAAGUUAAAGAUGAAGUUGAUGCAUUGAACACUGAAGCAAACGCUGGAAUGGAUGAUUUUUUGGCAUCACUUCCUCCAGAAUAUUUAGCUGCUUAUGGAUUAACAAAAGAUGAUCUUGAUGAUAUAAGAAAAGAAAAUAAUAUGACAGCAAAAGUUGAGGAAAUAAAUGAGGAAGAAGAAGAUAUGGAAGUGACAGGUGAUGGUGAAAAAGAAGAUGGAGAAAUGGAGGCUGGAACAUCUGCUGAAGAUGAAACUGGAAAGAAAGAUAAUGAAAAGAGUCAAGAUGUUUCGGCUGAAGAUGGAAAUGGAGAUGGAAGAGGGGUUUUGGAGAAUGUUGAUUAUUUGAAAUUGAAGAGUGUGAACAGUGAUGAAAGACAGGAAGAACUUGCGCAUAUUGCAGAAGAAGCUUUGAAAUUCCAACCAAAAGGAUAUACACUUGAAACAACACAAGUUAAAACACCAGUUCCAUUUUUGAUAAAAGGACAAUUACGUGAAUAUCAAAUGGUUGGUUUGGAUUGGAUGGUUACUCUUUAUGAGAAGAAUUUGAAUGGAAUUCUUGCCGAUGAAAUGGGAUUGGGAAAAACGAUUCAAACAAUUUCAUUGUUGGCACAUUUGGCGUGUAGCGAAUCGAUUUGGGGACCACAUUUGAUUGUUGUUCCGACGUCGGUUAUUUUGAAUUGGGAAAUGGAAUUCAAAAAAUGGUGUCCGGCUUUGAAGAUAUUGACGUAUUUUGGAAGUGCGAAAGAUCGAGCAGAAAAACGGAAAGGAUGGACGAAACCGAAUGCUUUUCAUGUUUGUAUCACUUCUUAUAAAACUGUUACACAGGAUAUUCGAUCAUUCAAACAAAGGGUACGUUGAAAGUUUUAUUUUUAAAAUAUCAACAAUUCCAAUAUUUUGGAUUUUAAAAGCAUCUGUUUUUUUCCAGGCUUGGCAAUAUCUGAUUCUUGACGAGGCCCAAAACAUAAAAAAUUGGAAAUCUCAAAGAUGGCAAGCUCUUUUAAAUGUUCGAGCCAGAAGACGACUUCUUCUAACUGGAACUCCUCUUCAAAAUUCACUAAUGGAACUCUGGUCUUUGAUGCAUUUUCUUAUGCCAACAAUUUUCUCAUCUCAUGAUGAUUUCAAAGAUUGGUUUAGCACACCAAUGACUGGAAUGAUGGAAGGAAAUAUUGAAUAUGAUGGACCACUUAUUCAACGACUUCAUAAAGUAUUGAGACCAUUUAUUUUGAGAAGAUUGAAAAAAGAAGUGGAAAAACAAUUGCCGGAGAAAACAGAACAUGUUGUGAAAUGUGCACUUUCGAAAAGACAACGAUAUUUGUAUGAUGAUUUUAUGAGUAGAAGAUCGACAAAAGAGAAUUUAAAGUCUGGAAAUAUGAUGUCGGUUUUGAAUAUUGUUAUGCAACUCAGAAAAUGUUGCAAUCAUCCAAAUCUUUUCGAACAAAGACCCGUUGUUUCGCCAUUUGUUGUUCCGAAAGCUCAACUCGAUUUACCUGCAAAAUUAUUCGGAAUUCAAGAACGAGAAGAUGAGAGAGUACCGGCGAUUUUUGAUUUGACACAAAGAGUUGGAGUUUGGCAAACAAGUUGUGAAACACAGAAAAAACCGUUGAUUGAAGAAAUUGAAAAUAGUGAGCAAGUUAUUGAUGAAACGAAUUUGAGACCACCGAUUGUUGAAGGAUUUCGAUUCAGUAGAAGUGGUUAUGUUAGUUUGGUAAGUUUUUUUUGAAUUAAAAAAAAGCACUGGGUUGAUUUCAUCAUUAAUUAAGUUAGAAAAUACCAGGAAAGGAACUUUCAGAAAACCUCCGAAAUUACCCUCAAAAAUUCCCCUUAUAUUUAUGUUCAAUUCCAAUUUUCCAGCCAACUCAUGAUAAUGCUCCUUCUGAUAUUCAAGAAUCAAAUAAUUCCGAAGAAGAAGUCAAAACGAAUGGGAGAAUUGAUAUUCCGUCUUCAUCAUCAUCAUCCCAAAAUCCAUCACAAAAUCGUCAAAUUGCUCAUAUUCGUACACGAACUGUUGUAAACACUGCUCCACUUACAAUUGCAACUGAAAGAUGUGGUUUUAAUUAUACGAUGGCAAACAGCGGAAGUCGGCAAAUUCUUGAUCAAAAUGCUCGAUUCAGUCCGCCACUCAAAAAACCGAAACUAACCGGUUCAGCUCUCAAUUUCUCUGAUUAUGUUCCUGAUCGUGUUAUUGAAAGAAUAGAUGCGGCAAGAAGAUUGCAAUUGGAAAUUUUGAGAAGAAGAUGCGGAAAAUUCAGCAUUCCUAUUUUGUCAAAUGAAUUGAUUGGUUUAUUGAGAUCGGAAAUUGGAAUUGAUUCGAAAACGAAAAGAGAUGAAAAAGUUCGAAUUUUGUUGAAUGAUUAUAUUGAGAUGUUGGGAAAUAGGUUAGUCAUUUCAUAAAGGAGGAUUGGACGCUUUUUUUUAAUAAUUAAUCAUUACAUUUUUUUAGAUUUGGAAUGUAUGUUGAACCUGUUUUGAGUGAUGCUUGGCAAUGUCGACCUUCAUCUUCUGGACUUCCAUCUUAUAUUCGAAAUAAUCUUGUGAAUGUCGAAACUUGUUCUCGAACUCUUCUUCUUGAAUCACAACCCAAUUUAGACGAGCAAAUGAUUCUUUCUCGACGUCUUCAAUUCCCUGAACUUCGUCUCAUCGAAUAUGAUUGUGGAAAAUUGCAAACUCUUGCGAUUCUUCUCCGUCAAUUAUAUGUUCAUAAACAUCGUUGUUUGAUUUUCACUCAAAUGUCAAAAAUGUUGGAUGUUCUUCAAACAUUUUUAUCUCAUCACGGAUAUCAAUAUUUCCGAUUGGAUGGUUCGACUGGAGUUGAACAAAGGCAAGCAAUGAUGGAACGGUUUAAUGCGGAUCCAAAGGUUUUUUGCUUUAUUCUUUCGACGCGGUCUGGUGGAGUUGGUAUUAAUUUGACUGGAGCGGAUACUGUUAUUUUCUAUGAUUCGGAUUGGAAUCCGACAAUGGAUGCACAAGCACAAGAUAGAUGUCAUAGAGUUAGUUUUUUUUUCAAUUUUAAAUUUGGACAGUUGGUAAAAAUUUGUUUUUUCCAGAUUGGUCAAACCAGAAAUGUAUCAAUUUAUCGAUUGAUUAGCGAGCGAACCAUUGAAGAAAACAUUUUGAAAAAAGCGAUGCAAAAACGAAGAUUGGGUGAAUUGGCUAUUGAUGAAGCUGGUUUCACACCAGACUUUUUUCAAGCAAUCGGAUAAUAUCCGGUGAGUUUUUUCUUCUUUUCCAGCAUUUCCGUAACCCCUUUAUUUUCAGUGAUUUGUUUGAUGGUGAAGAUGUUGAUAUUGGAGCACCGGCUGAUGUUCCAACAAACGAAAAAGAAAUGGAAAAAGCAUUGGCAAAAUGUGAAGACGAAGCUGAUGUAAAUGCUGCGAAACUCGCAAAAGCUGAAGCUCGUGUUGAUGUUGCUGAAUUUGAUGAAUCGGCAAAAUUAGUGACUAGUAAUUUGGCUGCUCCACCGGGAGAUGAAGAAGCUGAUGAUAAAUAUAUGGAAUUGAUUAGCCAGUUGAAACCGAUUGAAAGAUAUGCUAUUAAUUUCUUGGAAGAAGAAUAUAAACCAGAGUUUGAGGAAGAAGUUAAAGAGGCUGAGGUUAGUUGGAAUUUUUGGCGAGUAAAUAUUCUCGGAUAUUUUGCUGCAUAAGGUGCAGCUACAGUAAUGAGACCUACAGUAAUUUUUGAAAUUUGCACUACAAAAAAAUAAUUUUUCAGGCAAUGAUCGAACAAAAACGCGAGGAAUGGAAUGAAAAAAUGAACGAAUCAUCGCAAUCCGAAGAAGACUUGAAAAACAUCGAAAACGACGACAACGAGAUUUUCGGCGAAGACUUCUAUUUAGGCGGCCCCAAUUUGCUAGAUGAGGUUAGAAAAAAUAGACGUAGUAGUAAUAAUGUAGGGCCCACCAAAAAACCACCAACAAAAAUGCCGAUUUCCCAAAUUAAAUCUCGUUCUCCCUCAAAACGUAAGACAAUAACACGUUCCCUAAAUCCUUAUAUAUCCUCUGCUCAUCAUGCUUAUGGUUCUCCGCCUCCAUCUCCAAUCAAGAAAAAACGAAUUAUUCGAAAAUUUGUGGAGACAAAACAGGAAAAGGAGAAGGAAAGAGAGAAAACACCUCCGCCACCAAAAAUUGUGACGCCAAAAGUUGUUGCGCCAAAACCAACAACAUCUUCUUCUUCUACUUCUACUGUAGCACCUAAAAUAGUGCCGAAGAAAGUUCGGAUAAUUGAGCCUGUAAAAGUUCAUUUGGACACAAAACCAGUUCCAAUUCGACAUCUUCCACAACCACGUCCACAAAUUCCACAAAUUCCACAAAGAAGUCAAAUUGUUUCACCAAGAAUUGCGCCACGAAUCCAACCAAUAAUCUCUGGAGGUUCACCACAACGAAGACUUGUUGUUGUGUCGGGAUCAAUGAAAUUGACAACAUCACAUCAAUCACCAACACUUUUACCAGUUCGUGUUGUUCCACGUGUUGUUGUUCAACCGACUUCUUCUUCUUCUUCUUCGUCUAAUUCGUUGCCACGUGUCGCACCGCCUGGAUUGGGAAUAUAUCAGAGACCAAGAUUGAGUUUGAGAGCAAGAGGAGGAAGUGAAUCUGGAGGAGGCGGAGCUGGAGCUGGAGCAGAUAUGAGCCAAAAAUGA